AUGCCGUGCGAUUGCCGAAAGAUUACGAAGGUAGGUCUAUGCCGGCACAAGGAGAGAAUCGUAGAAAAGUGCGGCGUCGCCGAAUUCAAGAGGAACCACUCCUGCCUGGGCGCUCUAUUCCCCAAAUGCCGACCUCUCAAGCGAGCGCUGCACAUGAAGCGCGUCUGCAAGGUAUGCCACCAGUACUUCGCCGACCGCUUCGACGAGGAGGCCCCUCGUAUCGUCAAGCAGUUCCUCGCUUACAAGGAGCUGAAAGGCUGGACCAAGGCGGCCAUGGACCCCGAGAGCAUCCCCGCCGAGUGCUACCUCGACCCUAAGGAAAAGGCGCUGUGGCGCCUCAAGGGGACCCAGCCGUUCCGCGCGAAGAGCCCGAUGGCGUACAGCGGUCCGCUGGGCCCGCUGCCUCCUGUUCCGUCGUACCUUGCACCGACCCCUGAUGAGGCUCAGGAGAGGUUUAAAAUGCUCAUGAACACCAGUGAGGACAAUCUCAACAACCCCAGUGUCGAGAGCUUCGAUCUUGCGGCGAGGGGAGAGUUGCCCAGCGACUACGAUUACAGCCCUGAGACCAGUCAUCGUAAGAAGGCCAGGACGCACAACUACCCCCCAGUUGUCGAGCAUGGAACUGGUGAGAUAAUCGAUCUGGACGACCUGGUUGAUGCUGAGCCCGAGUAUGUGCCGGCUCCCCAGGCCAAGGUGUCGAAGCCCGCACCGGUAGUGUACCAUCAGCAGCCGCACCAAGCCCUGACGACCGAGAACCUGGCCGGCAACACCGUCCUCUACCAUCCCAAGCCCAAGAUUAGGGCCCUCAGACACGUCGGCCCGAAGAUCGAGCAACCCGACUCAAAGGAGGAAGAGCUGUCGGAAGUCUCUCUCGUCAAGAGACUCACCCAGAACGCGGCCACGAUGCGCAUUGAGGGCUACGCGACCCCCGAGCCCGCCAAGGCUUUCAACCUGGAAUCCGCGCCGCGCGGUCGCCGUGGCCGAACUCCCCCCCCCGGCCCCCCGCCCUCAACAUACUUCGUGCACGCCUCGCACGACCGGACCUCCCCAACAGGGUCUUCAGUGCGGGGCGUCUCAGUGCCGCCCCCGCAGCGCCUCGACGGCGUCUUAGUGCCCGUGCCCGUCUGCGAAAUCCACGGCGACCGCCACGAUUUCGACUGCCGCGACUGUCGGGGCCACUACUUCAAGGAGGUGGGCGUGCCGUCCGACCUGCACCGGCUUGGGUGCCGCUCGACCCCGCCCCAGGUCGGGCUGGUGAGUGUCAGUACCCCCGUGAGUAAGUACUCGUGCGCCGUACAGGCCUGCUACUGCGAUGGUAGUGAUGACGACGACGACAAGUGUCUUUCGUGCCACGAGCGCGAGCGGCUUGGGGCCGAGAUGGAGAGUGACUGGAUUUGA